AUGAAGUACAUAAAUUUAUUAAUACCGUUUUUUAUUUUAAUAAAUUUUUAUUAUACGGGUCAGGAUAAUUUAGGGAAAAAAGAAAUAGUGUCUAUAAAUAUGGACACUUUUAAUCAAAUUUUAGAGGAUGAAGAUCAAAUUACAUUAUUAAUAGUAUAUACCCAUUGGUGUCAAAGAUCUAUUUUACUUCUUGAAAAUUUAGAAAAUAUAUCAAGUAUAUUAAUGUAUGAUAGUAAUAUAAAUAUAUCAAAAAUAAAUGUUGCUAUCAAUCAUGAAAUAAUACAUAUAUUUGAUGUAUAUAGUUACCCUUCCUUAUUUUUAAUAAAAAAAAAACAAGUAUAUAAAUAUAUCGGUUUAAAUAAUGUACAAAGCAUAUUAUUAUGGGUACAAGAAUACUUAGAUGAAAGUAUAUAUGAAAUAAAAAAUAAAGAGAAAUUAGUUUUAUUUUUAGAAUUAAAAGAAUAUAAUAUAUCUACUAUAUUUUUUAUAAUAAAAGAAAAAAAAUAUUAUAAUAUGAUCAAUGAUUUAAUUUCUAUAUGUAAAUUAAUAGAAAAUACAUUUUGUUUUUAUAUUAAAGACAAUGAUUUAAUUUCAUUUUUUGAAAAUGCUUUUGUUGCAAAAAGUGAUAACUUAAAUAUAACUGAAAUUAAAGAAAAAGAAAUAUAUGGAAUUUUAUAUAAAAAUGAUUUUUUUGAUAAAUAUUUUUAUCCUUUUAAUAAUUCAUUAAAUAUAUUAUAUGAAAAUGAGUCUAGUGCGGAUGAUAAACUAAAUGCAUUAGCAAAAUGGAUAAACGAAAAAAGUGAACCUUUAGUUAUUCGUUUUUCGGAAUAUUAUUUUUCGACUUUAUUUUCACCCGAAACAAUUGCAUUAUUUAUAUUUUAUAAUGAUAUUAAUGAGUUAAAUAAAACCGAUAUUAUUAAGUGUGCAAAAAAACAUAAAAUGGUUACUUUUGCUAUUUCUGGGAAUGUAGAAGUAUAUGAAAAGCGGUUAUUGUCUGAUCUCCUUAUUGAUGAUGUACAAAAACCGAUUAUGAGAAUUACCCAAUUUAAAAAUGAUAUAGAAAUUCCUUACAAGUACAAGCCUUUGUCGGAUGAGGUCGAGAUAAACGAAAAGACAAUUGACCAGUUUAUUAAUGAAUUUCUAACGGAUAAUAAAUACUUUUACAAAAAAAGUGAGCGUAUUUUACCAGACGAAUAUAAUAAUGGAUAUGUGAAAAUAAUAGUAGCAGACAAUUACGAUGAACAUAUAUUUAAUAAUGAUAAAAAUGUUGUAGUUCUAUAUUAUGCACCUUGGUGUGGGCAUUGCCAUAAAUUUGACCCAAUCUAUAGAAGAAUAGGAAAAAGAUUAAAAUUGUAUAUAAAUCAAAAUGAAGAUUAUAAAGAUGAUGUUAUAAUUAGUAAAAUUGAUGCAGCUAAUAAUGAAAUAUAUAAUGUUCCCAUUGAGGGAUAUCCAACCAUUUAUUUGUAUGAAAAAUCUAAUAAAAGAAUUCCUAUAAUGUAUACUGAAGAGAAAACUGAAGAAAACCUUAUUUCUUGGAUUUGUCGAAUGACAAACACAAAUAUAAAUAUUGAGAAAUUUCUUUCCAUAAAUUUAGAUGAUGAAAAGCUUUUUGAGAAUUACGAAGAAUUAUAG